AGACACACACAACAGCUGUCACUCCUGAGACACAGCAGAUCUCACUCCUGAGACACACAGUACCUCACUCCUGAGACAUACACAGCAGCUGUCACUCCUGAGACACAGCAAAUCUCACUCCUGAGACACAGCAGAUCUCACUCCUGAGACACAGCAGAUCUCACUCCUGAGACACAACAGAUCUCACUCCUGAGACACAACAGAUCUCACUCCUGAGACACAACAGAUCUCACUCCUGAGACACAGCAGCUGUCACUCCUGAGACACAGCAGAUCUUACUCCUGAGACACAACAGAUCUCACUCCUGAGACACAACAGAUCUCACUCCUGAGACACAGCAGAUCUCACUCCUGAGACACAACAGAUCUCACUCCUGAGACACAGCAGAUCUCACUCCUGAGACACAGCAGAUCUCACUCCUGAGACACAGCAGAUCUCACUCCUGAGACACAGCAGAUCUCACUCCUGAGACACAGUACCUCCUACUCGCUUGACUGAGAAGUACUCGCAGAAUUAUCACUGUUCCACAAACUGUAACUCUCACUCACUGCAUUGAAAGUACUCACUAAACUAGUAUCACAAUAAUGAAACCCAACAUGUCCAGCCCAAGGAAGUUCUUCGUGAUCGGUAACUGGAAGAUGAAUGUGACCAAAUCUCGCAUCGAUAACAUCGUGAAGUUCAUGACAGCUGCCUCUCUGGACCCCAACACAGAGGCAGUGGUUGGAUGUCCAUCCUGCUACUUGUCUUAUGCCAGAGACCAACUUCCACCCAAGAUUGCUGUAGCCGCUCAGAACUGUUACAAGGUUGAAAGUGGUAACUUUAGUGGAGAGAUCUCACCGGCCAUGAUUCAUGACUGUGGAGGAGAGUGGGUCAUCCUGGGUCACCCUGAACGCAGGACUAUAUUUAAUGAACCUGAUCAUCUCAUCAGUGAAAAGGUCGCUCACGCCCAAAAAGCAGGAAUUAAGGUGGUGGCAUGUGUAUGUGAGAGGAAGGAAGACAGAGACAGUCAGAGGACAGAGGAAGUAUUGUUUGAACAGAUGGAAUACCUGGCUAGAAGCAUCAGUGACUGGUCAAGUGUAGUGAUAGCCUUUGAGGCAUUGUGGGCCAGCAAUACUGGAAUAUUGGCCACUCCAGCCCAGGUACAGGAGGCCCUGGCCAUGCUGCGUCACUGGCUGUGUCAUAACAUCUCAGACAAGGUGGCCAACACAACUCGCAUCAUCUAUGCUGGUUCAGUCUCCUCCAACAACUGUCAGGAACUAGCUAAGUUGAAGGACCUCGAUGGCUUUCUGGUGGGAAGCUCAGCUCUCAAGCCUGACAUUGUUGACAUUAUCAAUGCCAGAAGUUCUCACGUCUCCAGACUUGUUGACAUUUUCUCCUCAUAUGAACGUCUAUCCAGGGCAAUAUAAACACGAAAAAAUGCAUUAUGGUACCGACAAGAUGUGGAAAAGGCCUGAUCAUGGACAGGGCCGCGGGGGCGUUGACCCCCGAAGCACCCAGAUAUGUACAGCUUACAUCUAGUGUCCUGAAGUGUACAUAAGAGUCUUUUUCCACAAUAUAAACAUGACCAGCCUUAAUUCACAUUGAUAUUCUGUAACAACGAAUCCAGAUUAGCAGAAGAUACGAGGGACGUGAACCAUUUCCGUAACCUUGGAGAACCGCGUUGAAUUAUUAUUAU